ACACACAGGUAUAUCACUAAAAUACACUUGUUGAGGGCUCGACGAGAUGUGUAAAUAUAUUAACUAAAAACCGAGAAAUAACCUGCGUUGUUUAUAUUUAGAAGGAAUUUAGGACUCAGAGCAGAGUUGUGAUUUGUGGGAAAGCUCUCCGUCGACGUCGCUGGAGGUUUCAGUUCCAACAUGGAUCAUUUGAGCCGGGGUGUGUGUGGUUGAGAAAGAGCUGUCAGCCACCGGAGACUCUUUCUGAUUAACGGCAGGUCCGUCAUCGGGUCAUGGUGAUGGACCAGGACACUCAGUGGCUGUACCAACUCCUGGCUGAGGUCCAGUUGGAGAAGUUCUACCUGCGCAUCAGAGAUGGCCUCAAUAUCACCCGCAUCGAGCACUUCGCCUACGUCAAGGAGGCCGACCUGGAGCAGAUAGGAAUCAGUAAACCCGCACAAAGAAGAUUAUGGGACGCUCUGAAACGCUACAAGACAACUGCACGAUCCCGCUCAUGGAUUCCCAAGGUGUUAAGUGGAAGAGUUCCAGAUGGGGGUGAGCAGUGGAGCGGAAGCAAUCCACCUCAGAGCAAGGAUGGCAACGGCCGGGCUCUCCCUAGUCUAAUUCAGGAUAAUGAACUGGCUCUGGGAGAGAAACUUGGCUCUGGUUCCUUUGGGGUGGUGAGGAGGGGAGAAUGGCACACGCCCACCGGAAGAGUGCUUCCUGUAGCAAUUAAAUCACUAAGAAACAGCAUGUCCAGGCAGACGGACACACUGACAGACUUUCUCCAAGAAGUGACCACCAUGCAGUCUUUAGACCACACAAACAUCAUACGCCUUUAUGGUGUCGUGCUCACACAGCCCCUCAAGAUGGUAACAGAGCUGGCCCCCUUGGGCUCACUAUAUGACACCCUGCGCUCACGUCAAUAUGAGUACCCUCUGGUGCGCCUCUGGCUCUUUGCCACUCAGAUCAUAGCAGGUAUGGAGUACCUGGAAACCAGGCGAUACAUCCACAGGGACCUGGCUGCGAGAAACGUACUACUGGCUUCUAGAGAGAUGGUCAAGAUCGGGGACUUUGGCCUCAUGAGGGGCCUGAGCCAAGAGGCCGAUCACUACGUCAUGUCGGCACACAGAAGGAUCCCGUUUGCAUGGUGUGCUCCAGAGAGUCUACGUGUCGGGUCUUUCUCCCAUUCCUCAGACGUGUGGAUGUUUGGUGUCACCCUGUGGGAGAUGUUCACCUACUGCGAGGAGCCCUGGUUCGGUCUGUCAGGCAGACAGAUUCUGUGGCGUGUGGAAAGGGAGGGUGAGCGCUUAGAAAAGCCGCCAGAUUGCCCGCAAGAGCUGUACAUCGUCAUGAGGAAAUGCUGGGCCUGCAACCCCAGUGACAGACCCAGCUUUGCCCAACUCACCGCAAUGGUGGCAGAGGCUAAACCAAUGGAGGUGCAAGCAACAAGAGACUUUGCUGAACCCAGAAAACUUGCACUGGUGGCCAACGACCUUGUGACUGUCAUCGACCACGGCCUGGAGCUGUGUGAGUGGAGGGGCCAGAACCAGCGGACGCUGUCAGUCGGCUUGUUUCCUGCGAGCCUCACGGCACCAGCAAUCCCUGCUGCUGCUGCUGUUGCCACUUCCAGCAACUCUGGGCCAAACCCCGCUCACAUCUCCACACCUGUGAAAGGCAGUCUGCAACACACCGGGCAUGGAGACAUCCACCCUGAUCGCAGUUGGGGAACACCUGAGAACCUGGAAGACAGUGGCAGCUGGAAGACAGGCCCCGCCAGGGAGAAGGAUGUCUCCAAUCUGCAGAAAAUGGCAGGUAUGUCUCGAAGCCUGGAGUCGGUCUUGAGUGGACAGCGGCCCCAGUCUCAGACAGUUGGGGUGGUCAGAGUGGAUCAGCAGGGCAGACUCAUGCCGCCAGGGAUGGUAUCUCGCAGUGUGGUGAUGCAGCAGGAUCCACGUCGCUUCAGUGAGGCUAGCAUCAACCCUCCUCCCAGACCGCCUCCCCCCAACUUUAAACGAUUGAAACCUCAGAGGAAGCCCACGAACUGCUCAGUCCCAGUUCCAGUCCCAGUCCCAUUCCCAGGCUCCUCCCGACCUCCUCAGGUGGUCCUCUCCCCUCCUCAGUUUCAACCUCAACCUCCACACCAGCCUCCACAGGGUGUGGGAGGCUCUAACCUGACUAAAAUGGCCCACGUGGCUCGGUCGACCCCACAGCUGGACGACUACACAGACGACAGAGAGAGGGAACGAAUCAGAGAUCGUGACCGGGAAAAGUCACCUCAUCUGCAGCACAUGAGAGGCAAUCUCAUCUCACAGGUAAUGGAGGCGGUACAUGGAGUGACUAUUGAAGAGGUUCAAAUUGCGCUUCAACGUAAUGACUGGAACCCACUGCGAGCGGAGCAACAACUUAAGUUGGAGCAGCUGUACUCGCUAAGCCUCUGCUCCAGAGACGACUGCAUGAGAGUCCUCUCUAGGUACCAGUGGAACCUGCAGUUGGCCAGCCGCUACCUGCUCCGAUGGUCUCGGGACGACAGAACCGGACCUGAGAGGGAUCGACCUCAGAUCGUCAACGAGAGACGAGUGUGAAAAGGACUGCAUGAAACUUGCUUCACAUUGACACACUCUGAUACUGAAAUCUGCCCACUGCGUCCUUCAUGUGGAAUAUAAAAACAGGAAAAUGAAGAUGGAAGAAUGUAAAAACAAAAGUCACAUAUUUCGAAACGAAGGAAUGUGGAAAAAGACUGACUUCUGACUACUGUUUUUAUAUUUUUUUAUGAUACAUUACUCUGCACAUAUGUGGGUUUUUUUGCAAAUACUUUUUUGUAUCUUAAUGACUUUGUACAUAUAAGUAAUGAUUGUUAUAUUG